UACAGAUACCCCCAAAUAUGACUUAAGUAGUACUUUAAAGUAUUUUUACUUAGGUACUUUACACCACUGCAAAUUCAUCAGCAACCCCCUUAUAAUCAGAACACAACUUGAGUGAGAAAAAAUAGCAUACAAGGAGUUUUACCAUGACUUUGGCAGUGCAUGGCUGGACGAACCAAGUCUCGGCCCCUAGGAAGAGAAUGAUUUUGCAAAAUUUCAGUUUUCAAGCAAAUUAUCUGCAAUUCUACACUUUUUGUCAUGAGGUAGAGAGCCUUUUUGUUGUUGCAGCUUUAAACCUCAUAUCCUGCAAUUCUACAUCCUGCAAUUCUACACAGUCUCAUGGCAAAAGUGGCAGUUUCAAAGCUUGAAUUACAGUGCAUUUAUGUUCAAAAACAUUUUAAGGGGAAUACAAGAAGAGUUGAGUUGAACAAUGUAUAAAUGGUGGAGUACUGUGGAUACCAAUAUCCCUGUGAGACUCCCAGGCCCAUGUUGCCCAGGGUUAAGAACAUAAAUCGUAGAUUAAAGAGCUAUAUGGAAUAUUUUUUCAUUGUAAUUCCAGAAAAUGGCCUUAAUAUACUUUAUCUACAGUAAUAGUGGAAUGAUAGUGUUUCACAAUAUUUUCCCCCCAUAUAUUUUUAUUGGCCACACAUAAAAUAGCAUUCUAAUGGUUCAGCCUUCUUAUUGGUCAAUAAAAGACAGACCAUCUCUUGUUAAUUUGACUGGAGCCAGCAAAUCUCUUGUCAAAUUGACUGGGGCUGAGUUUGAUGCUUACCCUUUGCUGUCCCAGUCAAUUUGACAACAAGAUACCAUCUGUCUUUUGUUGACCAAUAAGAAGGCUGCACCAUUACAAUGCAGUUUAGUGUGUGGACACAUUUUUUUGGGGGAAGAAAAUAUAGUGAAACUAACAUUCCACUAUUACUGUAGAUAUAUUAAGGCCAUUUUCUGAAAUUACUAUGCAAAAAUAUUACACCCUAUAAACCUAUUCCACGGAUCCCUUGGCCAAAAUUCAUUUAAUCUGUUAGUAAUAUUCAUAAAGAAAACGAAAUGUAAUUGUUAUUUUUUUUGUAUUUUGAGAUCUGGCAGUGGACCCCCUGCAGGACCCCCAGGGGUCCCCGGACCCCACUAUGAUCUGAUCUACUAGAUGGGUUAUUGACAAUGACUCCCUAAGUGACUGUGACUGUGAUGCAUGGGACAUGUUAUUGACAGGCUUUGGAAAGAUUCUGAAUGGGAGGGCUUGCUUCUGAGAACUGACUGCAGCCACAAAUCACCAGUCACCUUUUCCCUGCAGCCGACCUCGACUGCAACUACCAUUAUUCCAGCCCAUAAUUAACCUGACAUGUCACAACUGAAAGAGUCAGGUGAUCGUGGGAAAGACAGGGAGCGGGGCGCCCGUCCCAAGGUGAGACAGAGCCGGUCUGAGGAGAGAAGAGAUGCCGGCGGGGGGCAAAAAGGAGGAAGAGGAAAGAAGAAAGGCCAGACGUCCCAUCAGCAAGCUGCGGCGCGGCCUGUCAGCGAUGGCUUUGAGUAUGGGGACCUGCUGAGUGGACUGGAGCCCAGGGACCGCUGCUUCUCCUCUCCCCUGAAGGAGGGCAGGAGAUGGCAGGGCCUGGAGGGGGUCACUUCACUCAGUCAGGACAGGGGGACAGCCAGGCUGGCACAGGGGACAGCUGAGCCACCAGCCAGUGAGGCUGAAGGCAGGGGGGCAGGUGGCAGUCGCACACUCCGCCAAAAGAUCCAGGAUGCCAUGGGGCAGUGUUUCCCCAUAAAGACCAACACUCCAUUGCCAUCGUCGUCCAGUUCCACUCAGCAGGUCUUUAUGCCACAAGCUGCUGCUGCCGGGGCUGCCUCCUCCUCGCGCCGCAAGAUCCACCUUACUGAACUCAUGCUGGACGACUGUCCCUUUGCUGCAGGCACCGAGCUGGCUCAGAAGUGGUACCUCAUCAAGCAGCACACAGCCCCCAUCUCCACACCUCCCGUAGUGGAUACCUUGGUGGUCAGCACUAGUGCCUCUGCCUCAAACAUGGCUGCCGUGGUGGAGGAUGUGGAUGACAGGUUGCGAGAGCGCAGGCGCAUCAGCAUCGAGCAAGGCGUGGAGCCGCCGCCCAAUGCAGAGAUCCACACGUUUGAGGUGACGGCCCGGAUCAACCCUCUGUACAAGCUGGGGCCCAAACUGGCCCAUGGUAUGAAUGAGCUGGCAGUGGACGAUAGGGCUACCAUUCACCAGCAACAGCAGCUGCUUCUCCAGAGGCAACAGCAGCACCAGCUCCUCCUGCAGAGCUGUCUGGACACUCUGGAUGAGGUGGUGGCUGUGGCCUCCUCCUCUUCUGCCUCAGCGUCUGCCUUGGUCCCUGUCUGUGAGGCUGCUUCUGUCCCUGACCCCGUGGUUGACCCUGAGGUCACAGUCAGCCUCCAGCCAACCAGAGCUGUCAUCCCCCAGACUGAGGGUCCCCCUACUCAGGACGGCUAUCGCAUCCACACCCAGAUCGACUACAUCCACUGUCUGGUGCCUGACCUGCUGCAGAUCACUAACCUACCCUGCUACUGGGGUGUGAUGGACCGCUAUGAGGCAGAGACUCUGCUGGAGGGCAAGCCAGAGGGCACCUUCCUCCUCCGCGACUCAGCCCAGGAAGACUACCUCUUCUCUGUCAGCUUCCGCCGCUAUGGCCGCUCGCUGCACGCCCGCAUCGAGCAGUGGAACCACAACUUCAGCUUUGACGUGCAUGACCCCAGUGUGUUCCACGCACCCACCGUCACGGGCCUGCUGGAGCACUACAAGGACCCCAACUCCUGCAUGUUCUUUGAGCCUCUGCUGUCCAACCCCAUCCACCGCACCCAGCCCUUCAGCCUGCAGCACGUGUGCAGGGCGGUGAUCAGCAGUCGCACCACCUACGAUGGCAUCAACGUGCUGCCCAUCCCCUACACCCUGAAGAAACACCUGAAGGAGUACCAUUACAAGCAGAGGGUGAGGGUACGGAGGAUGGACACCUGGUGGGAAUAACAAAGACCUUCUGGUGGAAGUGAACCGCAACUAGGCUACUAACUAAACACUCUAUGGAGGCAGGCCUCACUCAGUGGACAACCAGUUGACUCACUCCAUUUCUUUCCCCAUUUGUCUUAAUUAACAUAUACUUACCUACUGCAUUCACUGUAUACCUAGCUACCGGUUUAUUUAUUAUUUGCUGUAUAUGACAUCUCUUACACUUGUCUUAAAUUCUGUGGAUACUAUGUUAAUUCAAUUACGAUGCACAUUCACAUUUUUCUUUGCUCACAAUAAACUUCGGAGUCAUCAUAACGAUACGCCAUGUGUGUAGAGAUGUAUCACUUUGGGUUGACGUGAACAGAGUCGAGGCUGGUUUGGUGGAUAAGUUAUGGAGCACAUACAGGUUUAGUAAUGGAUCAGUUCAUUACCAUUGCCAAAUGUAGGCUACUGGAGACGAACAGAUGUUACUUGUAAUAGAUAAUAUGAAUGGCAACAUGCUGGCAAACUGCUGAGGACCUGGCUGGUGUUAUAAACCAUUUGCGAAUGAAUUUUUUAUAUAUUUUGUGUCGUUCCUUUGAAGGCAAAAUAAAUGUAUUUAAGUGAA